AUGCCGGUCCGCAAUAACUCAAGGCCCGCCCUCACUCCCGUCGUUCACUCCCGUCGUUCUCUCUCUCCCGUCAAACUCUUUCUCCCAUCGCGCUCUCACUCCCAUCGCUCUCUCACUCCCGCAACGCUCUCACUCCCGUCGCUCUCUCACUCCCGUCGCUCUCUCACUCCCGCAACGCUCUCACUCCCGUCGCUCUCUCACUCCCGUCACGCUCUCACUCCGUCUCUCUCACUUCCGUCACGCUUUUACUACCGUCGCUCUCUCACUCCCGUCGCUCUCUCGCUUCCGUCGCGCUCUCACUACCAUCGAUCUCUCACGCCCGCAACGCUCUCACUCCGUCGCUCUCUCACUCCCGUCGCUCUCUCAUUCCCGUCGCUCUCUCACUCCCGUCGCUCUCUCACUCCCGUCGCUCUCUCACUCCCGUCGCUCUCUCACUUCCGUCGCACUCUCACUCCCGUCGCUCUCUCACUUCCGUCCCGCUCUCACUCCCGUCACCCACGCACGUCGCUCGCACAUGUCGCUCAUAUCUGCUCCUUCCCCCCUCUUCCCCCUUGCGCCCUUCCCCGUUCCUCCUCUUCCCAUCUUCCUUUGUCACUCACACACGUCACACACGACAUGCUCACACAUACCCUUGUCCGUCCCUCGGGCUCCCCGCUUCAGCUCUCCCUCCCUUUCCCCCCUGUUCUGCCCUCCCAGUUGCUGGUGUCUCCCUCCCUUUCGCCCAAGUCCUUCCCUCCGUUUCCCCCCUUGUUCGUUGCUCCGUAUCCCCGUGUGCUGGAUCCGUUUCUCCUCUUGUCUCCAUCUUUUUCCCUUUCCGCAGCUCCCGCCCCUCUGAUUUCCCCCCUGAUAGGGUUCCUGCCGGCGGCAGCAGCAGCCAACCUCACAGAGGAAGUGGUGGUUCGCUUUGACUGCCUUUCCAACGCUCGAGAGCUCUCACGCCCACGACCACAGGCACACCACACACCCCUGACACUGAGGUAG